AUGGCCCGGCCCGUUCUCAAGUUUGUGGCGCUCGCAGCGUUGCUUGCCCAAGAUGCUUUGGCGCAGACUGGGUCUGCUCGGGGCGCCAGCUUUCUUCGAUUCGGCUGCUCGCAGCUCGUUGUUGAGCGCACUGAUCCGCUCGUCAAUCCGGGAUCACUACCAGCGCCCCAUAUGCACCAGAUUGUGGGAGAUGGACCCUAUGACUAUCGACCCUCCGAAAACAUCCAAGUGUACCUCCUGCAAGAUGAGCGAGGACUUCAGCAACUACUGGACUGCCUCCAUCUACUUCCGAUCCCCGAGAACGGCACGUUCAAGAGGGUUCCCCAGAUGGCCAACGGCCGCCUUAACGGCACUCUACUCGAGCAAGACGGAGGGCUGACGAUUUACUACAUGCAACCGUUUAGCGGUAGUAAUAUGAAAACGACCGCCUUCCCUGCUGGCUUCCGCAUGCUCACGGGAGACCCCAUGGCCCGUGCCAAGCCGAGCGGAGCCAUGACAGCCUGCCACCGCUGCCUUUCUGCAAGCGAGCGCACGAUGGGUGGUAACGGCGCCCCCUGCGCCGCUGGGGAUACUGCCGAGUUCCCUAACAAGCCGUGCCCUGGCGGAAUCCGUGCCACUGUGAUCUUCCCUUCGUGCUGGGAUGGCAAGAAUUUGGAUAGUGCCGAUCACCGGAGCCACGUUGCUUUCCAAGCCGGUUCGGCGCUGGCGGGCGACAAGUGCCCCGAUACUCAUCCCGUUCGCAUCCCUCAAGUGAUUACCGGAUACGGCCAGCACGGUGAUUAUCUGUUUGGCUGGGAGGGCGAUGCUCUGCAGCGCGCCAUGGAUGCCCUCGGUACCAACUGCUGGAGCGAGACCUGCCCGGCUCUCAAGCUCCAGUCUGGCGAGGACGCGAUCAACUGCCGGAAGGGGCAGCAAUACGAGGAAGACGUUGGAAAUGACGGCUGUGGGGCCCGCUUCUCGCUCUGUCAUGUCAAUUUCACGGAUACGAGGCUGCCAGGACUCCACCGCCUAUCCUCGGUGUGUCUCGUGCAUGUCGAUUCUCGCGACCGCAGCCUUCCAUUUCUCUUGUCUUGCACGUACCCACAUGUUCGGGAGCACCGGAAUCAGACGGCGGCCUCGCGCCGGGAUUUGCAGCCGGAAGACCGGGCGGUCUGUGCAAUCGGCUUUGGCGCCGCCCAAGCUUUCCUUGAUGCUGGGGCUUCCGUCGUCGUCAUCUCCUCAUCAGAAGAUCGAGUUGCAGAGGCUGUUCGCCGGCUGGAUCACCCCAAGGUAGAAGGAAAAGCGGGUGACGUUCGCAACGAGGAAGCAUUCACUGCCCUCUUGCAGUCUUUGGCACCUCUUGACCACAUCGUCUUUUCGGGUGUCGACAAGAUUAUCCGUGGAGCGUUAGCCGACGCCAACUUGGACGACGCAAAGCAUUUGUUUGGCGUCAAAUUUUGGGGCAGCAUCGUGAUCGGCAAAGCUCUCGCCAAGUAUGAUAUUCUAAAGCCCGGUGGCUCUCUCACCUUGACGUCAGGCACAGCCGCCCUUCGUCCCGGAAAGGGCGCAUCGAUUGGUGGAGCCCUUAACGGAGGCGUGCUAGCUCUCACAAAGGGCUUAGCCAGCGAGUUGAGUGACAAACGCAUCCGCGUCAACACCGUUGUACCCGGUCUGGUCAAGACGGAACUCUGGGACAAGCUCGGCCAGAGCAAGGAACAGCAACAAGCACUCUUCGAGAAGGGCACUUCUUUGCCCGUCGGAUUCACAGCCACGCCGGAUGACAUUGCAGAAGCCUAUCUCUACACAGCUAGGGCAGAUUAUGCCACGGGGACGCUAAUUGUCAUUGAUGGCGGUGGUCAACUUUAG